AUGUCGAAAUCCGCCCUAAAACUCCCCUCCCUCUCCUCCCCCUCCGAACCCCCCGUCUCGCCCCACACCCGCCAAUCAUCCCUCAAUAUCGCCCGCUCCCCACUCAUCUCCCCCUCUACUUCACACUCAUCCAUAAUGCCGCCCUCCGGACCCAUCCUGUCCCCCGGUAUAACAGGCACCCACUCGCGCAAGGGCUCCUACGUCCCGUCGAGCGGGAUGGACCGGACAUCCGAGGAGCUUCCCGGAAUGCGGAAGGCGUACGCCUAUGGAUCGAGGGAAGAAGGUUUGGAUGACAGUGUGGGAGAUGGAGAAGCAGGGGAAUUGAUGAGAGAUCCAGAGGCGUUCGAUAUGUUGCUGGAUAUGGAUGGGAAUGGGCAGGUCGAGAGACGGGGCGGCGCCAGUGAGGUGCGAUAUGAGGGACCCUUCCAGCCUCCGGUGGGGAAAGAGAUGGUCGUGAUUAUUGCGAGUUUGGUCGGGGUGCUGGUAUUGGCGGUAGCGGCGGGGUUUACGACGGUGUAUGACUGGGUGCUGUAG